AUGUCGUUCCUCGGUGGCGCAGAAUGCUCUACUGCGGGGAACCCUCUCUCACAAUUCACAAAGCACGUCCAGGAUGAUAAAUCACUACAGCGCGACCGGCUGGUCGGCCGGGGACCAGGCAUGCAAGAAGGCAUGCGCUCACAAAAUAUGAUGGGCGGACAGGACCAGGACAGCAACUUAAUGGCCCCCCCGCCGCAACCAUUCGCAAUGGAGCACAUGCGUCGCGAGCUAGAUAAUUUCCAGACGGGGCCAGCCCGCGCUGGGUCGCCAGGGUGGGCCGGGGAGUUUGACUCAGGCGAGCAAGCGCGAAUGGAAGCCGCGUUCCCGGGCCAGAUGAACAACGGAUCUGGGUUUAACCCUGCCGAGUUCGCUCGCUUUCAACAGCAGAACCAUAUGGGCAUGCCGCAGACGUCGAGCCCUGCCGCCGCCACCGCAUCGCCUAUGAUGGCGGGGUACCAGCGGCCGAUGGCCAUGGGUGGUGGUUAUAUGGGUGGUAUGGGUGGUAUGGGGAUGAUGCAGCCUAUGAUGGGUGGGCAGAUGGGGAUGCAGCAGGGGCCUGUGGAGGGGCAGACACAGGAUAAGGGGAAGGGGCGGAUGGUGGAGCUCGACGAUGAGAACUGGGAGGCGCAGUUUGCUGAGAUGGAGACUGCGACGGUUGGCAAUGAGGCCCAGACGGACGAGGCGGCUAAUGCGGCCAUUGAGGCGGAACUGAAUGAUUUGGACAGGAAACUUGCCGAGGAAGAUAACUUUGAAGUCACCGAUAACGUGCAUGUUGGUGAUCUCGGUGACUGGGAUGGCUUUGAUAGUCUGAACUCUCGCUUCCGGGAUCCCCAGCUCGGCGACUAUAUGUUCGAGGAGGAUAAUGUCUACCAGGCUGUAGGCAAUCCAUUCGAAGAGGGAAUGAAGGUCAUGCGUGAUGGCGGUAAUCUGUCACUAGCAGCGCUGGCUUUUGAGGCUGCGGUUCAAAAGGACCCGCAGCAUGUGCAAGCAUGGACGAUGCUGGGCUCUGCGCAGGCGCAGAACGAAAAGGAGUUGCCCGCUAUCCGUGCGUUGGAACAAGCCCUGAAGGUCGACCCCGGGAAUUUGAAUGCAUUGAUGGGCUUGGCUGUCUCGUACACAAACGAGGGCUACGACUCAACCGCCUAUCGUACACUCGAGCGUUGGCUGUCCCACAAGUAUCCCACUAUCAUUGACCCGAAGGAAGUGUCCGGCGACUCAGACCUCGGCUUCACAGACCGACAACUCCUCCACGACCGCGUAACAGAAUUAUUCAUCCAAGCAGCCCAGCUCUCCCCCUCAGGAGCCCAGAUGGACCCCGACGUACAAGUCGGACUAGGUGUUCUUUUCUACUGCGCUGAGGAAUACGAGAAGGCCGUUGACUGUUUCUCCGCCGCGCUAACCUCCACCGAGUCCGGUAGCACCAACCAACAGGAGCAGCUCCACCUCCUCUGGAACCGACUCGGCGCGACUCUCGCCAACUCCGGCCGCUCCGAAGAAGCCAUCGAAGCCUACGAGCAAGCCCUCAACAUCAACCCCAAUUUUGUGCGCGCCCGCUACAAUCUGGGUGUAUCCUGCAUCAACAUCGGAUGCUACCCAGAAGCCGCACAGCACCUACUAGGCGCGCUAUCCAUGCAUCGCGUUGUGGAGCAGGAGGGCCGCGAGCGUGCGCGUGAGAUCAUCGGCGAUGGUGUGCAUCCUGAUGGUCUGGAUGACGAACGCCUCGAGCGUAUGUUGCAUAUUAGCCAGAACCAGAGCACGAAUCUGUAUGACACGCUGCGUCGGGUGUUCAGCCAGAUGGGCCGUCGUGACUUGGCUGACCAGGUUGUCGCCGGCAUGGACGUUAACAUCUUCCGGAAGGAGUUUGAAUUCUAG